AAACCUCCUUGAUGGGUGUUGGUAACCCUAGCUAUUUUGUAUCCUUUUUCCAAAUCCAGUUCACUCUGCUUUAGGAAGAUUCAUACAUUUUGCAAUUCUAGUCCUACAUCCAUGGCUUCCUCUUCCUCCUCUCCUCUGGCAAGAUCGAUUGUAUCUGCUAAACUGUAUGAUGUAUUCAUCAGUCAUCGAGGCCCCGAUGUCAAACAAACCCUUGCUAAACAACUGUAUGACCUCCUUCAGGAAAGAGGGUGCCAGGCAUUUCUAGACCGUGAAGAGAUACAAGGGGGAGACUCUAUUCCAUCUGCCAUUCACAAUGCCAUAUGCUCAUCUGUUGUCCAAAUAGCCAUUUUUUGAAAAGGGUAUGCACAAUCUUCAUGGUGUUUGGACGAGCUGGUUAUUAUGCUACAACAAACCGAUGCCCUGUUUAUUCCUGUUUUUUACGAUGUCAAGCCAUGGGAGCUACGGUACAUCCAGAACGAGAAGUCACAAUAUGCUGCGGCAUUUUUUGAUUAUCAAAGGCAAGGCAGGAAUCUUGAUAAGCUUCAUAAAUGGAAAAGCUCGCUUGAAUCUGCUUCAAAUAUAUCUGGUUAUGAACUUAGCCAGUAUCAAGAUAAUUUGUAUGAAAAAAUUGUGUCUCGUGUGAUACAAGUAGUGCAAGAAAAGAAAAACAGUAUAGCAUUAGAUGUUGCUAAAUAUCCGGUUGGACUUGCUGAACUCGUCCAAGAUUUUGAAAGGUCUUGUCCAAAGACAGAGACAGUGAGGGAGAAGGUCACCAUAAUAGGGAUCUUUGGUCUAGGUGGGGUUGGCAAGUCUACCCUAGCAAAAGAAUUGUAUAACAGGAGGAAUUCAGGCUACCAUGCAUCAUGCUUUCUCUCUGAUGUGAGAGAAUCACAUGUCAAGGGUGAAUUGCACUGCUUGCAAAGUCAGCUCUUAGAAGAUCUUUUCCCUAAAGAUAAAGAGAUAAAAGAACUAAAGAUUAGAAGUGUGCAUGAUGGAAUCGGAAAGCUGAAGUAUCAUUUGGGAAGGGCAAGACAUUCGCAUUUCCUUAUAAUUCUAGAUGAUAUAGAUCGUGAGAACCAGCUAGAUGCCCUUUUACCUGAAGGUAUGCUGAGCUCUGCUAGUCUGGUAAUUAUUACAACCCGCGACCAGAGUGUGUUAAGGGAUGCAGAUAUCCACUAUAAGAUGAAGGGAAUGGAUAAGGAUCGUGCUAAAAUUCUCUUCUAUAGACAUGCUUUCCGUGGACAGGAUCCACCCAUUGCAUAUGAAAAAUUGGUUGAGAACUUCGUGGAAUUCUGUGGAGGUUUACCUCUCUCACUCGAAGUUCUGGGUGCCCAUGUUUAUCGAAGGAAUGAACAUUAUUGGGGGUUAGAAUUGGAAAAAGUAAGGAAAAUCCAGUCUAAGGAUGUAAUGCAAAGACUUAAAAUUAGUUUUGAUGGUCUAGACAGAGAGGAGAAACAUAUAUUUAUAGACAUAGCUUGUUUCUUCAAUAAGAAAGAAGGAGUUGAUUUGAUGAGUGAUGUUAUAACAAUCUGGAAAGCAUCAGGUUGGAGUGUUGAGCAUGCAGUUAAAACCCUGCAAGAUAAGUGCCUGGUUGAACUGGUUAAGGAAGGGGAAUGGGGAUCCUAUCCACACUUCGAAAUGCAUGAUCAUCUCCGCGAUCUGGGAAGACAAAUGGCAGAUGGCUUUGGCCCUCCUCGACUGUGGAAACCAGACAUCCUUAGAUCUAUGGAAGAAAAAGAAUUUCAACAAAUCCUGACAGAAACAAAGGGCAGGUGUUUCCAUUCAUUCUGGGAUUUCUCCCUUGGGAGCAAUAUUACUUAUUUUAUAGGUAGUUUAAAUGACUCUGUUGAGACUGCCCUCCUGUGGCUUGACAUAGAUGCCGAUCAUUACCUUGAUAAAGAAUUAAAAUGCAUUCCUUCUUGGAUUCCUCUACGAAAACCGCACAAGUUGUCUGUUAAAAGAGUGCGAGAUUUGUGGAGCAGUUUUCAGAAGCAGUUGCAGACCAAUACCCAGGCCAGUUUCGAGUUGAAAGUGCUGAAGAUUUGCUACUCUCCGUCGUUGAAAAAGCUUCCAGAUUUAAUAGCAAUGUUCCAUCAUUUGGAAGAAUUAUACAUAGGCCAUUCCUUGGAGAAGACAGAUUUAACAUCCUUUGUGCAUUCACUUAAACAACUUAGCAAUCUUAGAUCAUUGUCAUUGGAGGAUGCGUACGGCGUCUCCUUCAGUGGGAUUUUGGAUCUGAGCAAAGGUAGAGAUUCAACUAAUUUGCUUUCUUCUACAAGCAGCCGCAUGAACAGCCUUGAAACCAUAGAAUUCCACAACUUACAUAAUAUUUCAAAGUUGCUAAUUAGUGGAGAGAUUUGUCCCAGACUUCAAUCAUUCAAAGUUCGACACAUGGGUAAUCUAAAAGAAGUGCAUUUAGAGCAGCUAGAGAGACUGAAUACUUUUGACAUGUGGCAAUGCCGCGAUUUGGUAAGAAUAUCAGGGUUAUCUUCUAUCACAGGGCUUCAGUCUCUUAAAGUGUGGAGCUGUCCCAAACUGAAAACAAUAUCAGGGUUAUCUUCUCCAACAGGGGUUCAAAUGUUAGUUCAAAUGUUAGAUUUUAGAUUUGGGGAUUUAAAAAUUAGGAUGUCAUCAGCUGCAGAGCGUAGGUGGGGUGGAAGAGAGGAAAUUAACGUGCGUGAGGAUGGAUACGCAUGGGUACGGAAUUGCCUUCAAGAACUGUGGACGCUAGAUAGAGGGUAUGCCGCUAUAACAGGGAUGGCAGUGGAUACAGCAUUGUUCAAGUUGAAUGAAAAACUGUUUUCUGAAGUGAUCGACAGCCAAACAGUCAUCGAGAUUGAGAAAGGAGAGUAUUCCCUAGAAAUGAAAAGCUCAUGGAGUAAAUUCUGUAUAUAUGCUUUGCUUGUAAGGUCUGGUAGUAAUCCUUACAUAGAAUUUCAAUCUGAAAUCACGUAUUUGCAUCCCUUGCCACUUGGAAGUGAAUUGAUGAUUACAGUUUUACAAACCCCGUAUGCUAGUAGUGAUGUUAGGCUGAUAAGCGUCCCAAUAGAGAAGGGGUUUCGGGUCAGGGUGAAUGAAAGGGAAAAAGGGCAAGCUUUAAUUAUAUUGCAAAGGAUUAUUGACAGAUUAUAUAAAAGCUGCCAGCAUAUGACGCGGUGAAGGAAAAACAAAGUAAAAAGCAUUGGUAAGUCUGAUUUACUUACUUUGACUGUCAGCGGUUCAAAAGCUUUGGUCAUCCGUGUUUUGCCAAAGUCUUCAAUUUCUAAUAUUUUAUGUCUGGAAUUUUAUCCUUUAUUCAAUUUGAAAAAAGAGCCUAUCAAUCUUGUGGAUUUUGAAAAUGAAUAGCAAUUUACACUUCUUUUGUGUCUUUAA